UUAAAAAGCUGCCACUUUAAGAUUCUAGAGAGAGACAACAACCCACCAACUCUCAGCUCUCUGUCUCCCUCUGUCUCUCUCUUUCUGUCUUUAUAAUUUUCUCAUAAUUCUGUGAAGAGGUGAAACAAAAACAGAGUAUUCUGUUUUUGUUGUCUUCAGUUUCUUUUUGUUUUUGUAUGGUUUUUUAGAGUUUGAAAGAGGUUGAAUUUUGGAGAGAAGAGAAGGGUUUUUGGUUGCUGAGAGAGAUGAAUAGCAAGGCUGAAGCCAUGGAGGCUGUGUUGAAGGAGGCUGUGGAUUUGGAAAACGUGCCAAUUGAAGAGGUUUUUGAGACCUUGAGUUGUAACAGACAGGGUCUUUCAACAGAGGCUGCUGAGCAAAGGCUUGCCAUAUGUGGUUACAAUAAGCUUGAAGAGAAAGAGGAGAGCAAGUUUAUCAAGUUUUUGGGGUUUAUGUGGAACCCUCUCUCAUGGGUCAUGGAAGCUGCUGCUAUUAUGGCUAUCGCACUUGCCAAUGGAGGAGGUAAACCCCCGGACUGGCAAGAUUUUGUUGGAAUUAUAACCCUGCUUUUUAUCAAUUCAACCAUAAGUUUCAUAGAGGAGAACAAUGCCGGUAAUGCUGCUGCAGCUCUCAUGGCUCGUCUUGCUCCUAAAGCAAAGGUUCUUCGAGAUGGGAAGUGGAUUGAGGAGGAUGCAGCCGUUCUUGUUCCUGGUGAUAUAAUCAGUGUUAAGCUUGGGGACAUUAUUCCUGCAGAUGCCCGUCUCCUGGAAGGUGAUCCAUUGAAAAUUGAUCAGUCUGCUCUUACGGGUGAGUCUCUUCCUGUGACAAAAGGUCCUGGUGACAGUGUAUAUUCUGGUUCUACGUGCAAACAGGGUGAGAUUGAAGCUGUGGUUAUUGCCACUGGUGUUCAUACUUUCUUCGGAAAGGCUGCACACCUUGUGGAUUCCACUAAUCAAGUGGGGCACUUUCAAAAGGUCCUGACUGCUAUUGGAAAUUUCUGUAUCUGUUCCAUUGCGGUGGGGAUGAUAAUAGAGAUCAUUGUUAUGUACCCAAUUCAACGCAGGAAAUACCGACCUGGAAUUGACAAUUUACUUGUACUCCUUAUUGGAGGAAUCCCUAUUGCGAUGCCCACAGUUCUAUCUGUGACAAUGGCAAUCGGUUCCCACCGGUUGUCUCAGCAGGGAGCUAUCACAAAAAGAAUGACAGCAAUAGAAGAAAUGGCAGGCAUGGAUGUACUUUGCAGUGACAAAACUGGAACUCUAACUUUGAACAAAUUAACAGUUGACAAGAAUCUUAUUGAGGUCUUUGUAAAAGGAGUAGAUGCAGAUGCUGUCGUUCUGAUGGCGGCUCGAUCCUCCCGAUUAGAAAACCAGGAUGCAAUAGACACUGCUAUUGUGGGAAUGUUGGCUGAUCCAAAAGAGGCACGGGCUAAUAUUCAAGAAGUUCACUUCCUUCCCUUCAACCCUACCGAUAAACGAACUGCUCUGACAUAUAUUGACAGUGAAGGUAAAAUGCAUCGGGUCAGCAAAGGUGCGCCAGAACAGAUUUUGAACCUUGCACACAACAGAUCAGAGAUUGAACGGAGAGUUCAUGCUGUGAUUGAUAAGUUUGCAGAACGUGGAUUACGAUCUCUUGCAGUGGCAUACCAGGAAGUUCCGGACGGAAGGAAAGAGAGCCCAGGAGGCCCCUGGCAAUUUAUUGGUCUCAUGCCUCUGUUUGAUCCACCUAGACAUGAUAGUGCAGAAACAAUUCGGAGAGCAUUGAAUCUUGGGGUGAAUGUGAAAAUGAUCACAGGUGACCAACUUGCUAUAGGAAAGGAAACAGGACGUCGUUUGGGCAUGGGAACCAACAUGUAUCCUUCAUCAGCUUUAUUAGGACAGAACAAAGAUGAGUCAAUCAUUGCUUUACCUGUUGAUGAGCUCAUAGAGAAAGCUGAUGGUUUUGCUGGUGUUUUCCCUGAACACAAAUAUGAGAUUGUGAAACGUUUGCAAGCUAGGAAACAUAUAUGUGGAAUGACUGGUGACGGAGUCAAUGAUGCUCCUGCUCUUAAGAAAGCAGACAUUGGCAUAGCUGUUGCUGAUGCAACUGAUGCUGCUCGUAGCGCUUCUGACAUUGUCCUGACUGAACCUGGUCUUAGUGUUAUUAUUAGUGCUGUUUUAACUAGUCGGGCAAUCUUCCAGAGGAUGAAAAAUUACACUAUAUAUGCAGUCUCCAUUACUAUUCGUAUUGUGCUUGGUUUCAUGCUACUAGCUCUUAUAUGGCAGUUUGACUUUCCACCCUUCAUGGUGCUGAUAAUUGCUAUUCUUAAUGAUGGAACCAUUAUGACGAUAUCGAAGGAUAGGGUGAAACCAUCUCCUCAGCCAGACAGCUGGAAGUUGGCCGAGAUUUUUACUACCGGCAUCAUUUUUGGUGGUUACUUAGCAAUGAUGACAGUAAUUUUCUUUUGGGCGGCAUACAGGACAGAUUUCUUUCCUCGUACAUUUGGAGUUUCAAGCCUGGAGAAGAAGGAUGUUGAUGACUGGAGAAAGCUUGCCUCAGCUGUCUACCUGCAAGUGAGCAUAAUCAGUCAGGCCCUCAUUUUUGUGACUCGAGCUAGGAGUUGGUCUUUCAUUGAGCGUCCUGGCCUGUUACUUCUUUUUGCUUUCAUUGUUGCUCAGCUGAUUGCUACAAUAAUUGCUGUCUAUGCAAACUGGACCUUUGCUGCAAUAGAAGGAAUUGGAUGGGGUUGGGCUGGUGUGAUCUGGCUUUAUAGCAUCAUCACCUAUAUCCCACUAGAUUUUAUAAAGUUCUUUGUCAGAUACGCCCUGAGUGGGAGGGCUUGGGAUCUUGUCAUCGAGCAAAGGAUUGCAUUCACAAAAAAGAAGGAUUUCGGAAAAGAAGAACGUGAGCUUAAAUGGGCGCAUGCACAGAGGACCCUCCACGGAUUGCAUGCACCUGACACCAAGAUGUUCACUGACCGCAAUAGUUUCACAGAACUUAACCAGAUGGCUGAAGAGGCAAAAAGACGAGCUGAGAUUGCAAGACUGAGAGAACUGAAUACACUCAAAGGGCAUGUGGAGUCAGUAGUUAGGCUAAAGGGGCUUGAUAUAGGCACAAUUCAGCAAUCCUACACGGUCUAAAAGAGGGUCAUGAAAAUGAGGAAAUUACAAACAAAUUAUAUAUAUAUAUCCUUAUGUAUAAAACUUAGAUUUCUUGUAUUUAUACUUAAAUGUUUUCAUUUAUGAUGCAUCUAUUACUUUGGGAUGUAAUUUUCUUUCUUUC